GGUAGUUCACAAAACCAAAACUAUUCAGUUAACCUCCACGCGUUGCGAAAUGAAUGUUUUUUUCCUCUCGAUAUCUUCAGAGUUCAAUUUAAAUGUUCUAAUUUUAGGACAAUUCGAAAAUGCCCAGUGAACUUCGCAUUUACCUCGAGAAUCCCAACAAUUACUACUAUCCCGGUCAGUCGGUCAGCGGAAAGGUAGAAUGUACAUUCACGUCGGAGAAAAAGGUUCAGGGUGUUUUCGUAAAAUUCAAGGGGGUGUGUACGACGUCUUGGACCGAAACCGAGACGUAUUACGACGACUUUUUCAAAGAGGACCGAACGAGGGAGGUACCUUACAGUGGAGAGCAGACUUACUUCAGUCGAGAAUUUAAUUUGACAGGACCAGGAGGGGAUAGUGUAACGCUCCCCCCUGGAAAACACGUGUAUCCCUUUUCCUAUGAAUUACCGCAUCAUUUACCAACGUCUUACGAGGAUCCAAAUGGUUGGGCGAAUAUAAGAUACACUGUUAAAGCACGGAUUGGACGUUCGUGGAAGUUUGAUAUCGAAUCUGUUGCCGUUUUUAAUGUCAUGUCUCCUCUAGAUUUGAACACAGAGCCUCGAAUUAGGGAACCUGUAGAGAUAUCCGUGGAUAAAGUGUUGUGUUCGUGUUGGUGUAAUAAUAACGACGCUCUGACGUUCACCUACACCCUGCCCACGACAGGUUACAUACCAGGUCAGACUGUUAAUGUGGGAGUCUAUGUACAGAAUCUCACAAAUGUCAGCGUUGAAAGAGUAAAGUUUAAAAUAACCCAGUUCAUCGAGUACGUAGUGAAUACGCCAAGUACCAAAACAAGAACUUAUGAUGAAUUGAUAGCAGAGUCCUUCGAUGGCGGAAUAGGAGCACAUGGUGAGAAAUCCUGGACAGCUACUCUACUUAUACCUGCAGAUAAGUCGUUUCCCAACAUGGCCGGGUGUGAACUGAUAAGAAUGUCGUAUCGCCUAAAGGGGGUUGUAUACAUCCCCUACCCGCAUACUAAUUUAUCGGCGUAUGUUCCAUUGGUAAUAGGCCACGUUCCGCUGGCAGGAGUAAACUUUAAUACAAGUUUAGAGCCACCUACCGAAGAAAGAUUGCCCUACAUUGACGCUACAGCGCCCCCUUCAGAAAAUACAUCGCUCGUUACACCAUUUGGAAGAAACAAUUACGGCGCCAUUUACAUUAAUCCUGCAGCACCGGACGACGAAGAAGACUCGACAGCACCACCAAAAUACGCAGAAGUUGCACUCUUGAAUGGUGCUUGAGGCGUCAGUUUUCUCAUGUUUUUAGUUAUAGUCAUUUUUGUUACAUAAUUUGUGCCUACUGAACUAAACAGAAUAAAAAUAUAUUAAUA